ACCAAACUGUAGCGUACGGCAGGCUGGCAGGCUGGCAGGCGACACCAGUCAAAGAAAGUCUCCUCCCUUCCCCGCUCUCUUUUCAAUUUCUCUUCAAGAAACAAGUCAGAACUCAGAAGCUCACCCAUCCAUCUCCGGCUGCUCCAUCGUCGAUUUCGCGGCGUCUCUCCCGCCGCUCGUUCUUGCGUUGUACGGAAUAUCUACCGGCGGCGACUGCGGACUUAAGCGCUGAAAUUGCCUCGAAUUCGGCUAGGUUUUCUUCUUUUCCUUGCUCGAUAGUAUGUGGAGUAGUCUCCGAUCGCUUCGUCGCUGAGAACUGAACCGAGCGGCCAGCGCCGAGGCUAUCCAUUCCAGAGCAGUGACCGAGGGUGAUUUCUCCGUCAUUCCUUCUUGGACGGAACUUGUAGAAUUUGACGAUUUCUAUGGCGUAAUGAUUUACUUCUUUGUUAGGAAUUCGUUGAGUACGUUUCUUGCUGGACUUCUAUUAAACGUUCGUGUUCUUUGAUCGCGAUCUCUAAUAUCAUGCAAGAAGCUUAAACACUCUGUUAAGCUACGAUCAGGUUCAUAGCUCUUUCCUGUUUGGCGCUGAUCCUGAGAAGAAAUGUCCCGCGCGUUUGUUUAUAAGGAAUUGAGACGAGUGACUUCUCCGUAAUUCCUUGAAGUUUGGGGAGUCUAAAAUGGCGCUGCAAGGAUAUGAUAUUGGUCAAUUAUUGCAAGAAGCUCAAACACGCUGGUUGAAGCCCGUGGAGGUGCACUUUAUACUACAGAAUUCAGACAAGUACGAGUUUACACAAGAGCCACCUACUAGACCAUCUGGUGGGUCACUGUUUCUUUUCAAUAGGAGGGUAACUCGCUUCUUUCGUAAGGAUGGUCAUAGUUGGCGGAAGAAAAGAGAUGGAAGAACUGUUGGUGAAGCACAUGAAAGACUUAAGGUUGGAAAUGUUGAAACUUUGAAUUGCUAUUACGCACAUGGAGAAGAGAACCCAAACUUUCAGAGGCGCAGCUACUGGAUGCUAGACCCGGCAUAUGACCAUAUUGUUCUUGUACAUUAUAGAGAGAUCAAUGAGGGAAGAACAGCUUCUGGAUCUAUUGCUCAAUCAUCUCCAGGAGCCUCGUACCAUCUUGGUCAAAGCCCAAGUUCUUAUACUACUAAUAAUCAAGGAUCUACUUCCUUAAUCAGUAAUUCAUGUGAACCAUAUACAAAUUCAGCUAGUCCUGGGUCCAUCGAAGUUACGUCUGAGGUAGUUGUCAAGGGAAAUGAUGGGUGUAGUACAACUGGGUUUACUACUCCAAACAAUGAGGUCGGUCAAUUUUUUCGAAGGCUGGAGGAGCAGCUAAGCUUGAAUGAGGACUUAAUCUCAGGACUCGGCCCAUUUAAUGGUGACGAAGUAGCUGGUAAUCAGUCAGAACUCGUGGAAUUUCGAACACGAACCUACAAGCAGGAUCAGCUUGAUGUUGCUGUAGGCAAACCUGAAUAUUUCCCAGAGUAUUAUGAUCACAAUGCGGGAGUGGAAAGGAAGCCAAACAAUCAGCUGUUUCAGAACCCAGAUGGUAGUUGUGCAGAUCUUUCAUCAUAUAUGCUUGAUGGUGCAAGUGGAAUGAAGGAAUCGCUACAAUGGGAUGAAGUUUUUGGAUCUUGCACACCUUCAUCACGUAUUGACUCCAAGGAAAACUUGACAUCUGACUUAAAGAGGGAGCCUGCUGAAGAGUAUCAACCUUCACAGUGGCUAAGUUUUGGUGGAAAUAAUGCUGGAAAUUCUUCUGUUUUGCUGCCUGAAGUUGGAAAAUUUGAAGUUCUUGGAUACUCUGAUAUGGAAAGUCAACCAGACAAUUUCGACUACCCAAUGCUCUACAGUAAUGAUAAAGCAAACUCCCAGCUGACCCUUGGGCAACAUCAGAAAUUUAAAAUCCAGGAAAUUUGUCCAGAGUGGGGUUAUUGCUACGAGGGUACAAAGGUCUUGAUAGUUGGCUCUUUUCUUUCUGACCCCUCGGGAUCGGCAUGGGCCUGCAUGUUUGGUGACACUGAAGUUCCUAUAAGGAUUAUUCAGGAAGGCGUUAUACAGUGUGAGACCCCCCAUCUAGACCCAGGAAAAGUCUCAGUCUGUAUCACAUCUAGCAAUCGAGAAUCUUGUAGUGAGAUCCGGGACUUUGAAUUUCGAAAGAAGCCUAGCCCUGGCUGUAUUCAUUGUGCUCUAUCCCCAUUGGAAUCCAAGAAUCCAGAAGAACCGUUGUUACUCGUCAGAUUUGCACAGUCACUUCUGUGCGAGUCCUCUUCGCUGAAGCUUAACAGCGACGAAUCUUCUGUACGUAAUCAACCCGGAGCAUCAAAUAUGGAUGACGACUCAUGGACUCAGGUAAUCGAGGCUCUUUUAGUUGGUAGCGGAACUUCAUCAACCACUGUCGAUUGGCUUCUGGAACAACUUCUCAAGGAUAAGCUGGUUCAUUGGCUUUCCUCCAAGUCCAAUGGGCCAUCAGAUAAUCAAUCUGGUGGUUGCUAUCUUUCCAAGAAAGAGCAAGGGAUUAUUCACAUGGUUGCUGGGUUGGGCUUUGAGUGGGCCUUGAUUCCCAUACUUAGUCAUGGGGUCAGUGUAGAUUUCAGGGACAUUAAUGGCUGGACUGCUCUUCAUUGGGCUGCUCGCUUUGGCAGGGAGAAAAUGGUUGCAGCCCUUAUAGCUUCUGGAGCCUCAGCUGGAGCUGUGACAGAUCCUAAUUCACAAGAUCCCAUUGGAAAAACCCCAGCUUCCAUUGCUGCCAUCAACGGCCAUGAUGGACUCGCUGGCUAUCUCUCCGAGCUGGCGUUGACAAGCCAUCUCUCCUCACUCACAUUAGAAGAGAGUGAGUUAUCCAAAGGAUCGGCUGAGGUUCAAGCCGAGAGAACCAUGGAUACCAUUGCGAAAGAGAACUUUCCGGCGUCUGAAGAUCAAGCUUCGAUAAAGAAUACUUUGGCUGCUGUUCGGAAUGCAGCACAGGCUGCUGCCCGGAUACAAUCUGCUUUCCGUGCACAUUCGUUCAGAAGGCGGCAACACGGGGAAGCUGUAGCUGCUGAAGAUGAGUAUGGCAUUUUAUCUGGUGACAUCCAGGGGCUCUCGGCGCUGUCAAAGAUGGCCUUUGGUAACCCACGUGAUUAUAGUUCUGCUGCUUUGUCUAUCCAGAAGAAGUAUCGUGGUUGGAGGGGUCGACAAGACUUCCUUACCCUGAGACAGAAAAUCGUGAAGAUACAGGCAUAUGUGAGGGGGUAUCAGGUGAGGAAACACUACAGGGUAAUCUGUUGGGCAGUUGGGAUUAUUGAUAAAGUUGUGCUGAGGUGGCGCCGAAAGGGAGCUGGGUUGCGUGGGUUAAGGAACGAGACGGAGCCCAUUGGCGAGGAAGAAGAAGAAGAUGCAGACAUCCUCAAGAGUUUCCGCAAACAGAAGGUUGAUGGAACUGUGGAUGAGGCAGUCUCGCGUGUUCUGUCGAUGGUCAAGUCUCCAGAUGCACGCCAGCAGUAUCAAAGGAUGCUCGAGCGUUACAAACAAGCUAAGGCUGAACUAGCUGCCAGCAGCGAAGCGGGAACUUCAAAUCCGCGCAGUGGAUCGGCAAUGGACAGCGAAACUCAGCACUAUUUCCAGUAGAAGUGUCCUAUUCUGGCAAUUCAUAUUUGCUUAACAACUUGGGGUGGUACGAGGUUUUAGGUUUGUUUCAAUUUGGCACUGGUGGCUAGCUGCUCUUUUUCUCGAUUUAGGUGUAAAAUGUAAAUAGCCUUCGAUUGAGUGAAGGCUUAUUUUCUUGAUGUAAAUGGCGGGAUUGAUUUUUGCAACGACUUUUGGUUGGUGCUGUAAAUGGUCUUGUAGUCCUUUUGCUUUCCAUUUCCUUUUCCGGAAAUAGAUUAACAGUAAGUACGUGCCAAAUAACAA